ACUGUAGAGACUCCUCCUCUGCUAAGGGUUUACAUUGGAGCAAGACCUGAUCACAUGGUGCUGAGACACUUCGGUUGGAUCCUUAAAAAGUGUUUGCCUUGCGGAAAUAGAGGUGAUAGUGUGUGUCCUGCGUGCUGACCUCAUGGUGUAAGCAGAUGUGAAGAUGAGUAUUAGCAGCGAUGAGGUCAACUUCCUGGUGUAUAGAUACCUGCAGGAGUCGGGGUUUUCCCACUCGGCCUUCACAUUCGGCAUUGAGAGCCACAUCAGUCAGUCUAACAUCAAUGGCGCCCUAGUGCCCCCUGCUGCCCUGAUCUCCAUCAUCCAGAAGGGCCUGCAGUACGUGGAGGCUGAAGUCAGCAUCAAUGAGGACGGCACGCUGUUUGAUGGGCGACCGAUUGAGUCUUUGUCAUUGAUUGACGCGGUGAUGCCUGAUGUCGUACAGACCCGGCAGCAGGCGUACCGAGACAAACUCGCCCAGCAACAGGCCGCCACAGCGCCCUCGGCAACCAGCGCCAACAUGCAGGGUAACACCAAAAACGGAGAAAACACCGCAAACGGAGAGGAGAACGGUGCUCACGCCUUACCUAAUAACCAUGCAGACAUGAUGGACAUGGACGUGGAUGUGGAGAUCCCUCAGAAUAAAGCCAUGGUGCUGAGAGGUCACGAGUCGGAGGUCUUCAUCUGCGCCUGGAACCCUGUCAGUGACCUGCUCGCCUCCGGCUCUGGAGACUCAACGGCACGCAUCUGGAAUCUGAGUGAGAACAGCAGUAGUAGCUCUACACAGCUCGUCCUCAGGCACUGCAUACGAGAAGGUGGCCAAGACGUGCCCAGCAACAAAGACGUAACAUCGUUAGACUGGAACAGUGAAGGUACACUUUUAGCCACAGGCUCAUAUGACGGCUUUGCAAGAAUAUGGACUAAAGAUGGUAAUCUGGCCAGUACCUUGGGUCAACAUAAAGGUCCAAUAUUCGCAUUAAAAUGGAACAAAAAAGGAAACUUUAUCCUAAGUGCUGGUGUUGAUAAGACAACAAUCAUUUGGGAUGCUCACACAGGGGAAGCCAAACAGCAGUUCCCGUUUCAUUCAGCACCCGCUCUGGACGUGGACUGGCAGAGUAACAACACGUUUGCUUCCUGUAGCACAGACAUGUGCAUCCACGUGUGCAAACUAGGCCAGGACCGACCCAUUAAGACAUUCCAAGGACACACAAAUGAAGUUAAUGCAAUCAAAUGGGAUCCAACCGGUAACCUGCUGGCGUCGUGCUCUGAUGAUAUGACUCUUAAGAUCUGGAGUAUGAAACAGGACACUUGUGUUCAUGACUUGCAAGCUCAUAGCAAAGAAAUCUAUACUAUCAAAUGGAGUCCCACAGGUCCAGGAACCAACAACCCCAAUGCCAAUCUAAUGCUGGCCAGUGCUUCCUUUGACUCCACUGUUCGGCUCUGGGAUGUAGAUCGAGGCAUCUGCAUUCACACACUAACCAAACACCAGGAGCCUGUAUACAGCGUGGCCUUCAGCCCUGACGGACGCCAUCUAGCCAGCGGCUCUUUUGACAAAUGUGUCCACAUCUGGAACACACAGACUGGUGCUUUAGUCCAUAGCUACAGGGGGACAGGGGGCAUUUUUGAAGUUUGCUGGAAUGCAGCAGGAGACAAAGUAGGAGCAAGUGCGUCGGAUGGCUCUGUUUGUGUAUUAGAUCUGCGGAAAUAGCGCUGCUUGCUGGAAGCCAUGGACCGACUAUGAAUGUGUACAUAGCCAAAAUGACUGUCCCUGACCCUCAAACUGCUACAGUCCCUAGUGAACCAUGGCCAGCCACUACAGACAAACAAACACAAGCACCCUGACGCCACAGGCUGAGCGGAGAGGAUGUGAUUCCAACCAGAGACAUUCAAAUGACUUUUGUAAGGUGGGAAAAAAAACAAUAUAACAGAGGAAGAAGACGAGAGGAUUGGUAUAUGUACCAAAUUUGGAAGAUAUUUUACUAUUUGUUCUUCAAAAUCUCAUCAAAAUAAACGAACGAAAGGAUUUUAAUCUUUGUUGGUAGUUUCCGUUUCAGUGUGCAGACAUAUCGUUUUCUUUGACCGUCCCUCUUUCUUUUGCACAUUUGAUUUGACGUCACAGCUGCAUGAUUCCAGGACUCAUGUUUUCCUCCAUUUGACACAAGUACAGAUAUUUAGUCUUUUUGGUACUGGAUGUUUUGUGAUUUCAACAGUGUGGGGACAUGAGAAAAAAAAAUUCAAUCUUUUUCUUGUUCUUCGGUUUUAGUUUUUAUGCUAUGGUGUAACUGUAAUCUCCCCUUCCCCCCUUGUACCCUGUUUCUCCCCCAAAUGAGAGGUACAUUAACC